AUGGCCGCCUCCUCGCCGCCGCACUCCUUCAUUCUCAACGUCUCCAUGGUGAUCCUCUUGGGGCUCACGCUACAGGGCGGGUGGAACUCUCAGCCCUCGGGGCUGGUCUCCGCGCAGGCCCCCGGCCUGGGCGCCGACGCCAACCAGACGGCGGUGCCCUCGGCGGCCGGGGAAGCGGCGCUGGUCAAGCCCACGCCGACGGCCGAGUCGGAGGACGCCUCGGUGCCGUCCAUCGGCAGCCGCUGCUGGGGAUACUACGACGUCAUGGGCCAGUGGGACCCGCCCUUCAACUGCGACGCCGGCAUCUACAUGUUCUGCUGCGGCUCCUGCUUCUACCGCUUCUGCUGCCAGUUCCGGAUACACAGCCUGGACCAGACGUCCUGCUCCAACUACGACACGCCCGUCUGGGCCAACACGGGCAAGCCGGCGGCGCCCGUCACGGAGGUCCAGGAGGAGCCCGACCGGGACCGGACCCACAUGAUCGUGUACAUCAUCUGCGGUGUGGUGGCCAUCAUGGUGCUGGUGGGCAUCUUCACCAAGCUGGGCCUGGAGAAGAGCCAGGGCGGGCAGACCGACAUGACCAACUCCAGGUGA